AUGCUUCUCCGUCUACCGUACGGCCUCCAUUACCCGAUCACCGUGACGUCGCUGCUGAAGCAGCCGGGGGAUGCGGUUGAGCGGGAUGAGGCACUGCUCUGGUAUGUCUACCAAACGACUGUCACCGAGGGUGACGGGUUGGGCAACAAGAUUGAAGUACAGCGCAAGUUUCCGACCAAGUUUGAGUCGACGGUUGAUGGAGAGCUUGUGCAGUGGAAGAUUAAGAAGGGUGAUGUGAUUGAGUUUCCGAUUAAUGUUGUUGAGAUCGAUGAACCAUGUGCUCACGAGGUUCAGUUUGGAGGACUUUGCGCGGAGUGUGGGAAGGAUAUGACUGAGGCCACCUAUAACACCGAAACGAUGGACUCGAUGCGCGCCCCCAUUCAGAUGGUACACGACAACACUGCCCUUACCGUGAGUGCGAAAGAGGCUACACGUGUGGAAGAAGAUGCAAAGCGCCGUUUGCUGGCAGGCAGAAAAUUGUCUCUGGUGGUGGAUCUUGAUCAAACAAUCAUCCAUGCUACUGUGGAUCCUACGGUUGGAGAGUGGAUGCAAGACAAGGAUAACCCGAAUUUCAAGGCUCUGAGUGAUGUGCGACCGUUUCAAUUGAUGGACGAAGGACCGGGCAUGCGUGGCUGUUGGUACUACGUCAAGUUACGGCCAGGUUUGGAGUCGUUUUUGCACAACGUAUCACAACUUUUCGAAUUACAUAUCUACACCAUGGGUACUAGAGCCUACGCGCAACAGAUUGCCAAGAUCAUUGAUCCGGAUAAGACUCUCUUCGGGGAUCGCAUUCUUAGUCGCGACGAGAGUGGAAACUUGACGGCCAAGAAUCUACAUCGCCUGUUUCCGGUUGACACGAAGAUGGUGGUUAUCAUCGACGACCGUGGAGACGUGUGGCGCUGGAACCCCAACCUUAUCAAAGUGUCUCCCUAUGAUUUCUUUGUUGGCAUUGGUGAUAUUAACUCGAGCUUCUUGCCCCAGAAGCAGGAGCUAGCGGCCUCAGCAACGCGGGAAGCCAAACAGCCCGAGCAUAAGCCCAAGGAGGUGCAGGAGAAAGCACCACCAGCAACACCACCUCGACCAAAUGGUACAACUGGGAAAGCAGAGGGUGGUGCAGCAGAUGUGUCGGCCUUGGAACAGCUAGUAACAAUGGGUGGCGGGGAUAAUCCCAGGUUAUUGCAAGAACAGAGUGACGCGCAACAAGAAACGAUCAUGCACCAGGUAGAGGAUCGUCCGUUACUUCAGAAGCAAAAGGAAUUGGAUGCGGAAGAUGAAGGCGAUGUGAGCAGCGAGUCCUCGACCAGUGUGGAUGAAUCGGCGCAAGACCUUAGCAAGCAGCGACACCAUUUGCUCGAGGAUAAUGAUCAGGAACUCCUCCAGCUCGAGGACCGAUUGGAACGCGUACAUCGUUACUUCUUUGACGAAUACGAUAAGAGGCGAUCGCGGGCGCUUGGUGGUCGGGUAGCCGCUCUGCGGGGCGAGAGGACGCCAAUGAAGGAGAAGGAUGUCGAUCUGAAACUCGUCCCGGAUGUCCAGGAUAUAAUGCCUUUGAUCAAACGGCAAGUCCUUGGUGGUGUGGUUGUGGUGUUCUCUGGAGUUCUGCCGCUUGGGACAGAUACACAGAAUGCCGACAUCUCAUUAUGGGCUAAGAGUUUUGGCGUUGUUGUCUCGAACAAGAUCAACAUCCGAACAACACAUCUAGUAGCCGGACGUAAUCGCACCGCCAAAGUGCGUGAGGCGACCCGGUAUACGAAUAUCAAGAUCGUCACGACGCAGUGGUUGCUAGACUCCUUGACUCAAUGGAGUCAUCUGGACGAGGAGCCGUAUCUUCUUCCCGUGCACCCGGAUGACCGUGGAGAGCCUAUCUUGCCAAACUCGAGGGAGGCUGCGGAGAGUGGCUGGUUAUCUUCGUCGGACGAAGCGACAGGAACAGAUGACGAUGCGAUGGAUGACAUCUUCAAAUCAGCGGGGCUCACGGACAUGUCGCAUAUCGGGUACGACAAGGACGAAGAAGCCGCUAUUCAUGAUGAAUUGAAGGAAUUUCUGGGGAGCGACGACGAAAGUGAAAGUGACAUCGAAAGUGAGCAGGAUGUAUCGCAGUUGGCGGAUGAGACUGGGGCAAGUAAAAAACGGAAGCGCGACGGAGAAGGCGACGACAGUGACGGUGGUUCCAGCGCCAACAGUAGUGAUAAUGAGACAGAUGGAGAAAGUGAUAAAGGGUCACGGCUGGCACAGCGGAUCAAGCGUUCACAUGCGCGAAGCACCGGUCUCAAAGAAGUUGCCACACCAAGCAGUACGAGCGCGGCGGAAACGACGCGGACGAGUCUGCCCACUGAACGGACUGGCGCGAACGCAGACGACGAAGAAAAUGCUGAAGAGCCCGCGGCCAAGGGCCAAGACGUGAGUUAUCCGGAAGAUCCAGCGGAUGAUGAGGACGAACUAGAGCGGGAGAUGUUGGCUGCGUUUGAGGACGGUGAUUAUGAUGAGAAGGCGGAGGCGGAUAUUGCGGAGGAGAAUGGCUGA